AUGGAGAUUUUUUCAAGCGGUGCAUGAAGUGAUUGGGGUGCUACCGUGCCAAGAUGCAUCGUCAAUGGUGGAAAGCAUGGAUAACAGCUUUCUGGCCGAUGAAAAUACAUCUUUAGUGACAGACAUGUCUCUUGAAGAGGACUGCCAGGAAGGUGGAGCAUUACCAAAUCAACUACCUGCUGCAGAUCCAGUAGAAGAUGUUGGUGUCGGUAGUCCCCGGCCUGAACUUCCCGAGCUGGAACCAGUAGCUGGUCCAUCAAAUCAAGAAGAUUCUGUUGCACCCCAGGUUAGCAAUUUUUUAAUUAAAUGUUGUACACGGCAACUGAAAUUCUUAAUUUUGAAAAAAAUCACUUCAUUAUUUUGUUCAUAUUGCCGAGUAUUUGUCUCCUAAUAUCCAGUAUUCAAUUUUUUGACUGUUCAAUAGAUGUUAAUAUA